AGGGAGGCAUCACAGUCAGAGCAGCAGCUGAAGCGGCAAACAAAGACAAGGAGCGCAGCGCGAUCCUGCAGCAUCCACGCCCACCCACACACACUCACACAGCAGCAGCGGCAGCAGCAGCAGCUCACUGUUCCACUGACCCAUAAUUCCUCAAUACAAGACCUCCUUCACCACCACAAUGGAUGCCCCCUCUGAACAUGCUGCCAUGGAGCUGGACUUCGGGCAUUUUGAUGAGCGGGACAAGGCAUCUCGUACUUCACGAGGUGGACGGGCCAACGGUCUCCCUAGCCCCACCCACAGCGCUCACUGCAGUUUUUACCGUACACGCACCCUUCAGGCUCUGACCAGCGAGAAAAAGGCUAAGAAGGUGCGAUUCUACCGCAAUGGCGACCGCUACUUCAAGGGCAUCGUGUAUGCAGUGGCCAAUGACCGUUUCCGCACAUUUGACGCUCUACUGGCUGACUUAACCCGCUCUCUCUCUGACCAUAUCAAUCUGCCACAAGGGGUCAGAUUCAUCUUUACCAUCGACGGAUCACAGAAGAUUAGCAGUCUGGAUGAGCUAGAGGAAGGUGAGAGCUAUGUUUGUGCCUCUGAGAACUUCUACAAGAAAGUGGACUACACCAAAAAUGUGAACCCCAACUGGUCAGUCAAUGUGAAGGCAUCAGCUAGCCAGAAGAACAUGCUGGCCAACCGCACAGCCAGUGAGCCAAAGGAGAACAAGGACUUUGUGCGACCGAAGCUGGUGACAGUGAUGAGGAGCGGGGUGAAGCCACGGAAGGCCGUCCGUGUGCUACUCAAUAAGAAGACGGCACACUCUUUUGAGCAGGUGCUCACUGACAUCACAGAGGCCAUUAAACUCGAAAGUGGAGCAGUGAAAAGGAUCUACACACUGGAUGGCAAACAGGUCACUUGCUUACAAGAUUUCUUUGGUGAUGACGAUGUUUUCAUUGCCUGUGGACCAGAAAAAUUUCGCUAUGCACAGGAUGACUUCUCCCUGGAUGAAAACGAGUGUCGGGUGAUGAAGACCCCCAAAGGACAGAGGGGCUCUACUAAGAGUCCUGGUCCCAUGCGACGCAGCAAGUCUCCAGCUGAUUCCACUAAUGGAACAGGCUCCAGUAGUCAGCUCUCUACUCCCAUCUCUAAGCAGUCUCCCAUCUCGACUCCGACUAGCCCCGGCAACACCCGCAAACAGAAGGAUUUAUUCUUGCCUCUGUCUCUGGAAGAUGAUGAUUCACAGGGGGAGUCCAUGUAGACUCUUUCCACUUUCCGUAUGUCAAUCAACACACCAAUCACAGAGGUAUCUCUGGUGCUAUCUGUCUUGAAAACAUCAACAUCACCGCCCUAGUGACCAGGGUGAAUACACACAUCACCUCUGCUGCCCCUUGGCCAUCAGGCUUUAGAUCUCGAGGCUUUGCAGCGAUGGUCAGUGUACUAUUUGCUGCUUGAGAAUUUGUUAUAUCCAUUUUCUGUUUUUUUUUUGAUAAUAGAUUUGUAGUGACUGAUUAAAAAUAGUAUAUGCGGGGCAUAUGCGGCAGUUUGUAUUAUAACAACAAACACCUAAAUUUGUACACAUGGUCUGCUGUUGAAAUUCAUUAUAUAUAUAUAUAUAUAUAUAUAUAUAUAUAUAUAUAUAUAUAUAUAUAUAUAUAUAUAUAUAUAUAUAUAAGAAAUUUAAGAAACCUUAAUUUUAAUUUCGGUUUAACUCUUUAAACAUCUAACCAUAUUUUUUUUUUUUAAUCCAAUAAUUUUGACUUUUUCAUAUUACCUUUUUUAAAAACUUGGUCUUAUGAAUUCCAAGCAGCAAAUAGUCAUUUUUACAACAGUGUGAUAGUCUGACUUGUACAAAAAAGACAAAAACAAAAAAAAACAAAAACAAAAAAAAAAAACUUGUUACACCAUUAAUAAUUUGUAUUAUUCUCUUUUUGUAACCCUAUCUCUCUUUCACUUUCCUGCUCUCUCUCUCUGUGCAAUGGUUUAGUAUGUUUUAAAGCCAUUAAGGUUGAAAUAGCGCCCACAGAAACUGUAAAUAAUGUGUACAGCCUACUCUAAGACACAUCUAUGUUUUUACAUUGUUGCAAUGUCUUUAAAACAUAGACAUAAUGUUAAAUGUCCAUGGCUCUGAAGGUAAUCAUUGCAAAUUGAGAGGAGAGGCCAAAAGCCAUAUAAUAAGAUCCUUUUAGU